ACACAAACCAAAAAUGGCAUCGGUUCUGUUGAUAAUCUGUGUGCUGUUUUUAUUUCUUCCACUUGCAAAACAGGAUAAUAUUGACAAGGACUUGCAAUCUGUAUUACAAGCUGUUGAAAAAAUUAUUGAUUUCUACGAAAGAGAUUAUAAAAAUUUGAAUGUUGACGGACUUUAUGGACUUCGAGUUUUGGAAGGUCAUCUUGGAGCACUGAUAACGAAGCAUGGGUCCGGACAAUUACAGCACCUGAAAACAAGUAUUGUGUCUCAACUUAAAGAGAUGAGAGAAAAGGCAACAAAAACAUGUAAUCUUGCCCUAGAACAUGUAAAAAAGGAUGGUGAAAGCUAUUUUAAUCAGAUGAGUUUCCUAGUUAGUAAUGCAUGGAAUAUUUUUGAUGACCAUCGUAGGAGAGUCAACAUGACCUAUGCUUGGUCCAAGAUCACUUACCUGACAGCCAAGAAAACAGUGAAUUUGGAUGAAGAAACAAGUGACAAAUGUAUGUCCGAGCUGAUUGGUUCUCACAAGUUACAUGGGCAGUCAUGUGACAUCAGUAGCCAAUGUGCAUUCAUUAUGACAAGUCCAGGGUUGCUAGGAUAUGGUAUUACUCACCAGAUUCUGUGGACAAUGUUAGCAGAUAAGGCUGACUGUACUGAGAAACUUCAAGCACGUUUAUUUGAGCUAGGUCGUGGUGACUUGACUAUUUUAAGACAGGAAUUAUGUACCAACAAUUAUAUACAGUUGAGGGAAACAGUGGAAAAAUUACCACAUGGCCUUGUUCCAGCUAUACAAGAUCUAUUUCUGGAACAAAUGUUUGUCUGUCCAAGCCUAGGGUAUUACGAGUUUUUGGACUUGAACUUUCUUCCACAAAUAUUGUCCUGGCAGUUUAAAGGUGGUUGCUAUGGUAAAAUGAAGAAAACAAAGAGUUAUGUACCGAAAUUUGAUCCUGAAUUAACUGGUGAAGGGGAUGAUUAUGAAGAUGAAGAGGAUGGAGGAAAACGUAAAACAAAUCUACUGAAAUUUGCAAAACAAGUAGAUAAUCUUAAGAAAAACUAUAACAAAUCAGCUGAAAAUAUAAAAUUCCAUGGUAGACUUGCCGAUGAAAGGAAGUUUCAGAAACGGAAUGAUGCAUUGUGGGAAAUGCCUAAAAAUAAUGGGAGGAAACUCUUGGUGGAAAAAGCAAUGUCUGGUGGAUGUCUAGCACAUAAAACAGCAGUUGCUAGUGGUGCUCUAGCUAUGUACCUAAGGUAUCUAUGUGAGCCUGAUGCUAACAAACUAUUUUCUAUAAAACAUAAGGUACACUCUGCAGAACCCCCACCAAUAGAAAGAGGUAAAAAAGUAAUUGAAUCUCAACAACCUAACCCUGGUGUACAUAACCUUUCAGCUAAAGGUGAAGGUGGUAUAUAUAACAAAAAUAAUCAGGCUGGGAAAGUUGGUGUUAAUAAUGAAAAUGGUGGUGGUUUUGAAAAACUUCAAAUGAACUUGAAUAAGGAAAAUGAGCUUGUUAAUCCAUUAGAUAGGUUUGAUAAAGUUCAAAAUAAUGUUGAAAACAAGGAUAUUGCGAAAAGUGAUGUUAUUGUAAAUGGGAAAGGUUCUAAACAGGAAGUAAAAUUAGUCAAUAAAGCCAGUGACAAUGAUGCAAUAGGUAAUGAUCAUAAGCUAGUCAAAGAAACAAAUCCUAAUCUGAAUAAAGAUGAGGAAAAUUAUGAUUAUAAAUAUGAUGAUAAUAAUGAAAAGAAUGAUGAUGAUGAUAAUGAUGAUGAUGAUGAAGAAUAUGAAGAUGAGGAAGAAGAUGAUGAUGAGUAUCCAGAUUAUGAUAAACGCGAUGAUGGUGAAAUUGAUCGUAAUUUAAAUCAGUAUUAUGAUGAUAAAGAUAAGAAUAAUGAGGGGAAACCAUUGGUUGAUGAUAAUGAUAAUAUACCAAAUGAUAAUGAUGAUGAUGAUGAUUAUAAUGCAGAUGAUGGUUAUAAUGAUGGAUAUGAUGACAAUGAUCGGGAAAACGUUCACCCACAUAUAAAUGCGCGUAAUAUUGGUCAUGGGAAGAGUCCUGACUAUGAUAAAGAGGGAUUUGAGGACGAAGAAAGGUUAAAGAUGGUGAAAGAUUAUGAUGAUGAUGAAGAAGAUGGAGAUGAUUAUGAGUACGAUGAUAAAAAUGAUAUGGUUGAACAAAGGAAAGAAGAUGAGACAAAAAAUGAGUUUAUUCUUGGAAAACCGAAUAAAAAACCUUUAGACGCACAGCGACCAGUUAUGACUGGAAAACACAUAUCAGAACAAUCCAUGUUAUCCACAACGACAUAUGUAAUUUGUGCUGUAUCAUUAGUUAUUUUAUUUGUUUUAUAUCGAUUUAUUAGAAAAAGACGUAUAAGGUUAAGAAUGGGACAUAAGUAUUUUCAUGUAUAGAAAUAUUCUGUGAUAAAGCGAUACCAAAAUAUGCCAUUUUUUUGUAGAUUAUGAAUUGCUGUUUUAGAAAAUUACUGACAAAAAUUGUUAAUACAGAUACAUUGGUAGUACAAUGUAACCUGUAAACAUGUACAUGUUCAAAUAGAAUAUGUUGGAUUUUUUAAAAAAAAAUUGCAAAGAAUUCUAAUAUGGAAUGAUAAGAAUUUUAGGUAUUUUCUUUAUUUUUGAAACAAAAUAAAAUUUAUCUGCAUAAUACACUUAUUACUGUACAUUUGAUAUUCAAAAUUUAUCAAUGUUUUUUUAUUAGAAGAGAUUAUGUAAAAGAAAUUUUUGGUUUUCAACAAUUUAUAUGACCAUAAGAAUGAUAGUACCUGUAAAAAAAGUUUCUUUACAGCAUGGGAAUAAUAUUAGUGGAAUUUUAAGUAAGGUUAUGUCAUUUUACAGUAAACCCUGGGUAAAAGACCACCUCUGGAUAAAAACCAUCUUGUAAUUAAAGACCACUCUUUGACAAACCAUAGUAUAUUCCAAAUAAAGACCAUUUACCUAUAAAGGCAAUGUAAAGCCCUUCUUUUGGAUGGCCUUAAAUCAAGGUUUGACUGUAUAUGUCUUGUUACACUCCUGAAUUAGUUUUCAUAAAUAUCUUAAAAUAGUGUUGUAUUUAAUUACUAUGCAUUCAUUGGUUUGAUUUCAGCAUCAUCAUUUCCUCAAAAUUCUACUUCAUAAAUGAAAGUAAGACCAGUGAGAUAUACUCUAUAUCAGUCACUGUUCAAUUUUUUUUUUAAUUCAUGAAUUAAUUAAGAAGGAAGAGAAAAGCUGUUUGCAAGUUGUAAAUAUAUAGAAUACUUAACAUUCUUUGGUGAAAAUUAUUACAAUUUAGGCUAAGAUAUUUUCUAGUUUUAAUUUAUUAUUUCACUUCUAUUUCUUACUUCACUUUUCUUAUUUCACUUCUAUUUCUUAUUUCACUUCUAUCUGUAAUAAAAUGAAUAUCAACUGUAUGUAAACUUUGGUGACUUAAAAAAAAGUGUUUUAUCACAGAUGGCCAAUACAUGUAUUUGUUUGAAUAUUUUUUUGUAAUUUUUCUCUCAUGAAACUAGUUUGGUGAUAUAAAGACAAUGCCCGUAUAUACAAUCAUUAUAUGCAAAAUUGUUCUCCAUGGAGUCAGGGUAUAAAGUUUUUUAAACAUUUUAAAGUAUUUAAACUAAAAGAACAGGGCAGAGUAAAGGUAUUUUGACUUACAUCAUCUCUUCUACAAACAGCCAGAAAGGUAAUAGUCUAUUAUUAAAAAAAAUGAAGAAUCAUAGCAUUUAAGCACAUGUACCCAUUAGGUAGCACAUCAUGAUAUUUUAGAUCAU